CCAAUUUCUAGACCCAUGCUGUCGGAUUAUAUUGAGUAGAUGCGCGCGCGCGUGUUUAGUGUAAUCUAGAGGCGAGAGGUGCACAUUGAUAGCAACUGGAACUCUGUUGUAUUUCCUCAUCUCGAAGCUCCUCUGAAGCUUGCCCGGGACCAGGAGCGAGAACCAUGAUCCCGCUCGGAGAGUGUAUGUAUGCGGGGAGAAAGCGAAGGAAACCCAUCCAGAAACAGAACUGCAAAGGGAAUUAGUAACACACAUAAAAGUUGCUGGUGAACGCAGCAGGCCAGGCAGCAUCUCUAGGAAGAGGUGCAGUCGACGUUUCGGGCCAAGACCCUUCGUCAGGACUAACUGAAGGAAGACAAGUCAACACCGACCAGUGCAAAGUCUAAUCCAUCCAAGAGACAUCGAGAUCGUCUGAACGCUGAGUUAGACCACCUGGCCAGUCUCCUGCCAUUUUCACCUGAUAUUAUUUCCAAAUUGGAUAAACUUUCAGUUCUUCGCCUGAGUGUCAGCUACCUUCGAGUAAAGAGCUUUUUCCAAGAGGCUGCUAGGUGUUCAGGUGACGUAUUGCCCAGGAUCCUGGGAGAACCUUCCUUCAAGCACCCAUACUAGACAUUCAGAGGCAUUACCAAUGCUGAGUCAGCCUUGGAAGACACAGAGCUGAAAAAGGAGACUCACCAUCUUCUCAGCCACAACACAAGGGACAAUCAAAGCAUGGCUCUGAUUAGGAAUUUAUCACCGGAAGGAGAGCUUCUGCUGGAUGCUCUGGAUGGAUUUGUGGUGGUGGUGAGUACCGAUGGAAUGGUAUUUUACGUGUCUCCCACAGUUAUCGACUACCUGGGAUUUCAUCAGACUGACAUGAUGCACCAGAGCGUGUAUGACUUCAUCCAUGUCGAUGAUCGACAGGAGUUCCAGAGGCAGCUACACUGGGCUAUGAAUCCACCACAGCAGAUGUCUGGGCAUGAUCCUUCAGGCCAGGGAACUAAUAGUGAAGAGUAUCUGAGUUCUUUCAAAGUUUACGACCCAAAACUUCUGCCACCGGAAUUUUCUCCAUUCCUAAACCGUUAUUUUGUCAUCCGAGUCCGUUGCCUACUGGACAGCACUUCAGGAUUCCUGACGAUGCAGUUCCAAGGCAGACUAAAGUACCUCCAGGGCCAGAGGAAGAAAGAUAAGUCUGGCGCUGCCCUUCCACCACAGCUGGGCCUGUUUUGUAUUGCCGUGCCUCUGUUGCUCCCAUCCAUCGGUGAGAUGAAGCUGAAAAGCUUGCUCCUGAAGACCAAACACAGGCUUGACCUCAGCCCCAUGACACUCGGUGCAAAGGGCAAAGCAAUUGCAGGAUGGUCAGACACAGAGCACCGAACAAGAUCUGGCUGCCAUUAUUUCCACUUUACGGAUGUGCUGUGCCGUGCGGAGAAUCAAAUCCGAAUGAUGAACACUGGAGAAAAUGGCCUCACGGUCUUCAGAGUGCUCACUAAAGAAGGUCAAUGGGUUUGGUUCCAAGCUAAUGGCCAUCUGCCCUAUAGGAACAAGUCUGCAGAAUAUGCCACAGUGCCUCAAGAGGAAUUCAAGGACACAGAGAGAUCCAAGGAAGAGCAUCUAAGGAACCAAUCAAGCAUUGACCAAUCAGGCAGCACCAAUGGGUUUGUGUACAGCAACUGCAAUGAUAUAUCUUUGCAAUUAAAGCCACUAUAUGACCAGGCACCAAUGAAAGAAGGGAGAGAAGAGAAAUAUGAGCCUGUUAAAAGUGAUGGUGGUGUUAGCCAGAACGAACCCCUUAAUUUUUGCACAUCAUUUCCAAAAUCUGCAAAGGUUUCAAUUGCAGAUGACCUAUGGGUAUCAGAAUACAGCAGAGGUCUAUCAAAUCUGCAGCCUCUGAAACCCAUGGGGAGAACAAACAAUGAUCCUGGGCGACUGGCUAAAGGCUUCUGUGGCAGAAGUAGACUGCUUUCUGAGCCUCAGCUCAGGGAUAAAUCACAGGCCUCAAGCUUUCAAAACCUAGUCCAGAACUUCCGGGCUGUUGGAGAGAAGGUGCAGCAGAGACAGCUGUUUGGCCUGCAAUCUACUAACCUGGAGAGCUACCAAGCUGAAAGCUGCAAAUCGGAAGAUGUUACACCAAUGUGCAGUCCCAUUAUUCAAAAGUCAAGGGAUUUUCCCAUGGAGUACUGUAAUAGUGCAGAUUUGUUCCAUGGGGUGCAGAUCAAAAGUGAGUACAACAUGGAACAGCACAAUGGACUAGGAGGGACUAUGGAAUCUCCAAGUCAUCUCUGGGUUGACAGUGAAAUGGGAAAAAAGAUGGUGGUGAACCUUCCAGGACAGCAGCAAUUGAAGAGUGAUCCCAACACACUAGAGCAGUUGUCACCCUGUGAGAAACUGAAGACUCUCUUGCCAAGUCCAUUGUGUGGAGCCAGCACGGCUAAAGGCAGUUGCUUGUGGAUGGUGGGCAGUGCUUGCAACCACAGUAGGCCUUCAAAGCAAGGAAUGGACAUGGUUCACUUCAAUCCACAAAGAGCCACGCAUCCCUGUUGCUCUCACAGUGAUCAACCCACAGACUGUUUGCAAGCACAAAACUUUCCUCGCCAUACUAUCCAGGAUAAGGGCCCAGGACAGGAUGAAUAUAAAGUGCCACUGCAGUUCAAAAGUCAUGAUCUGAUUCACACAGUCAUCAAACAAGAGCCCUUACCUUCUCCUCCUUGGUCUUGUGAUAAUCUGCAUAACAUACAGGCAGGCUUGCAGAAAAAUAUGCCCAGUUGUUUGAUCAAUUCGUUGAGUCAAAAGAUCACACAAAAUGCAUACUUGUAAUUUUUUUAAACAGAAGAAAUCAUUGUGCAUAUUUUAAAAGUGCUUGGUUUAUAGAUUGUGGUCCUAAAGUCAGAUAUGUCACUCCAUUGUUUAUUUUUUAAAUUUAUCAGAGAAUUUUAUUAUAAAUAUUGCUUAAGAUAAUAUUGCAUGUGAAAGUUCAGUCUUGGAACACACAGGAAUCAUUGAAAUGUUCAGCAUUUUUAAGCUUGGUUUUGUUUAAGGGAGAUACAGUCAGAAUAACAAGAACUUGCCUUAAAUUGAAAGCAAUCACAGAAAUAUUAUCAGACAGAAUUUGAUGUUGAACUACAUGUUAGAGCAGCAUGACCAAUGCUUAAAAAGCGUCUUAAAAAAAGGACAGUGGGGCAGAAAAAAAUAGGAAGGUAAUUCCAGAGGUUUGGACCUAACUUCUAAGGAUAAAGCCACUAGUGAAAAUACAAUGCAAUCCAGUCAGGUUAAAAAAUAUUCAGUUCCAGCUCUUAUCCUUGAGAUGGAAGAUCAGUGCUCUACUAAUAAUAUCUUGUCCCAAAAUCCAUACAUUAAGGUUUAUGUCUGUCAGUCUGAAACAGUGUUAAAUUUUUACAAUCUUAACUGAUCUAGUUUAAUCAUGAGCAUGGAUUUCCAGCACAUGAUAACAAAACUGCAGUCAGAAUAGAAUAGCUGGACUUUACUCCAGAUUGACAAAACUGUAAUUAUCUGGGUAUUGCUCCACAAAUCCAGCACUGAUCAGGAAUUGUACCGUAAGCCUACUUAUCUCUAUUAAACAUUUAGUUGUUAUAAUGUAAAAAUGGCUCAGUGUACACGAUCUGCAGAAAGCUUUCCAUUCCUUCAAACUGACUGAGGGAGAUUAGUUAUCUUGCUUUGGGAUAAUUUCCUCCAUUAGAAGGUACUAACCAUAUACAAGUUCUUGCUAAAAUCAGUGCAUUGGACAGUUUGGGGAUGAGUUGCAGCAACCUAUUGGAUUUCUGAAGGCAAGAGAUUGGGGCUGAGAGGGAAAAUGGAUCAGCCAUAAUGAAAUGGCAGGGAAGACUCGACGGACCAAGUGGCCUAAUUCUGCUCCUGUAUCUUUUGGUCUUAUGGAUUACAUCGAGCUGGUAUGCAGGAUCACAGUAUCCAUCUAUACAUUAAUGUUAUUACUGGAGUAAUAACAUUACUAGAGUGGUAAUUCAAAUGCAUGAGUUCAAAUUACCAGAAAUAGUGAUCAUGAAAUGAUCAAGUUAUCAUAAAAACUCACCUGGUUCUCUAACGAACUUAAGGGGAAAGUCCUACAGAACUGUCCUGUUCUGGUCUGUGUGUUACUCUUAAUCCUGCUCGGAGAGUGGCUUUGUUUACCACAUCUCAUAACACACAGGAUGAUCCAAAAUUGGCAUCCAAUGCCAUCCAAAUACUAUGUGUUCCUGCAACAUUACUCUUUUUCUAUGUAGGAUUUCAGCAAUAAUUUGCAUUUAAAUAGCACUUUAAAUUCCCCGGUAAGACAAGUAAAAUUUAUCAUGGGAAAGUAAUCCUUUCCAAUUAUCCGACAUCAGCAUAAAAUAGAAGGACCAUAUUCUAUCAAUUGAUUAAUAUCUUAAUGCAAUUUUCAUAUAUAUAUACCACACAGAUUUGAAUGUCAGUAUUAUUUUUAACAAUAAAUAUUGAGGCAAUAAUGAAGUUGGGUUUUGUUCUUAAGUAAUAUUUUGUUCAUUGAAAUGCAGCAAGAUUGAUUACAUUUCAUAAAAAGUAAAAAGGUACACUUUUUAUUCAUUAUGGAGAUCUCACCGUGGUAUUUCAAUCCAACUUCCUCACAAAGAUUAAUCUAGGGCCUGAUUUUGCAGCCAUAAUAAUUGGAAAACUAUUGGUGCUUGUUUCAGUUAUACCUUGAAAUUAAUACGGUGGGUUUCCACACAUGUGUAACUGAACAUGGGAAUCCUGAAACAGAUAUCCAUAAUUCAGCAUUUCUUCACAGGCUGGAGCUUUGAGCAGCUUUGGCAAAUGGAAUCCAAAGGAAAUAGAUUGAAUUGCUAAGAAAUCCAGAUUCUUAUAAACCAGUUUCAGUAAGAAUACUAAGGCUUAUGUAAACGGGGAUGAGGUCGACAAUCAGCCAUGACUUUAUAGAAUGAAGAUACAGGCUUAAUAUCUGACUCCAGCUUCUAUCACUAACAUUCUUAUAUUAUUAAAUAUUACACUUAUUUGCAUGAUACCUAAAUGAGUGUUUAAUAGCAUUCUAAACAAUAUUUACUACUCACUGAGUUUUUUUCGCCAAAACACGAAACACAUUUUAUGGAUGUGGAUUGUAAUUUCCUCAGGGAAAAAAAUAUCAAAAUAUGGUGAACUUUGGUUAAAUUAGUUUUGAAUAUUUAAUUUAUUAUAUUUUAGCUUUUACUUUAACAUAAGUGUAUAUUUUAAUCUUUAUUUUGCACACUGCUGAAUGUUUAAAAUAUUAGCUUAAAAUAGGUUUUUUCUAUCUGGUUAGGUGUUUCUGAGAAUUCAGUUUGACUUUGUGUCUGAUAGAAACAGAAGUUUGUUGAGAGUACUUCCAUGCCUUUGAGGUCAUUAGAUAUAUACAGAGGUUAUUACAUUACUUCUUUACUAACUGCAGAAUUUGGGCCAUAAUUUUCCUCAUUUAUUUUCAGUACCUUCCCAUUGUUUCCUGGACAUUGACUUUUGCAUAAAUUUUUCGUCACAAUGCAAAAAGAAUUCACUUUUCUUCCAUCAACUAUAUCUAGUACUAAAAUAAAUGUUGAGAAUAAUCUUUGAUUCAAUGUUUACUGACAGAGGUUUGCCAUCAAAGUUGCUGCUCAUUUCUCAUAACUAAGUGUAAACACAGCAAUAAUGUAUAGAAAGUGCUUAUUUAUUUACAACAUCAUUUAGAUUAAACAUAUGUAUUAUCCUUAAUACUGUGUUUUUGUUUGCUUUCUAUAGAAACAAAAAAUGGUGUUGGGUUGAUUUGAUUGAAAUGAGCACUUGCAAGUCAAGUACUGGCUGCUUCAAUAAUGUGCCUGAAGGGAAACUUCAUAAAAGUACUUACUGCUGCAGGAUAGAGAUGUUUGGCAGUUCAUCAA